AUGCCUUCAGGAAAAGACACUUGUCCAUCUUUACCUAAACUCAAGAACAGCAGCUCUGUUGAGAGUUCAUAUAAGAAGCCUUAUAAGUUUAUCGAUGUUCAUUUGCCGCAAUUUUCCUUAAAACAAGGGAUAAUUCCAAGUCGUUAUGUUAUGCCUUGGAAGGAAAACAUGAAAUUCAGGAAUAUGAAUAUGAAGCAUGCAAAAGCGUGCGGGAUUGACACUGGCCCUUUGGAAGACUCUCUGUUUCUGAAUCACAGUGAAAGGCUUUGCCAUGGGGAAGAUCGUAAGGCUGUUUUGGGGAAAGUCCCACCAGAAACAAAACUUGCAGAUAUACCUUUGCAUUCUCCUCUCUCCAGAUACCAAAGCACUGUGAUUUCCCAUGGCUUUAGGAGAUGGUUAGUCUGA